AGAGUUAUUCAUCUUUGGCUUCAUGUUGUCAGUUGUCAAGUGUCAAGUUGACCAAGUUUUGAUUUUGAGAAUUGUGUGUACCGGUUACUGAGUAUAUGCACGUCGUGGAAGAAGAAGGGUGCCUAUCGCUCAGUCGUACUUAAUCUGAGUAGAUCUUGAAACUUGGAUCUUUGAAAUAGAUCUAGAUCUAGAUCUAUCUGAUUUCGUUCAGAAACCCAGACUACGCACAUCAAUUUAUAACAAUUCGUAAGAACCCAGGCUGCUCUAACUGUUGACACUCAGCACAAAAUGGCAGAAAGAAACUCGGCAGAGCAAACAUCUCCCACAGAGAAAGGAAAUGAGAAACCUGCAGAAAAGGAGAGCCUGGAAGACCUGUUGACCAAGCUUGGCCAGCAAAUCAACUCCUCUGACUGGCUUCAGCAGAACACACCGGAAAAGUUUGCCACUGAAAAUCCUGAAGUUGCCAAAGCCUUCAAACGUGUGGCUCCCGAAAAAGAGGUGGAGGACUCAAAGCCUCAAGACAACAGCUGAUAAACCUCUAUCUGUUGUUAGUUUUUGCUUUGGCUGUUUUUUGUUUUUUUAAAACUUGUUUGGCUAAUAGCAGUGUAUGCAUUGACCCUCCUGGCUGGGAAAUGGUUUGCUUUGUAAUUAUUUUGUAAGAGGAAUUUGAUUCUUGUUAUGCUUAAAGUGAACAUGGAAUAUUUGGUCUUUCUGCUGGGAUGUUGUAUCCCUCUCAGCCCGGGUCUGUCUGCUGGGAUGUUGUAUCCCUCUCAGCCUGGUUAAUCCCUGACAGUUGACAUGCAGGGUCAAAAGCUCACCUUCUAAAUCUAAAUGAUCUAAAUCAUGUUGAUGUUUUUUAAGAUCUUCAGUUUAGCAGCUUGAGCUAGUUUAUAAAUUUCAAGGCUGACACCUGUUUUUGUCAGUAAUUUUGUACUGGCACCUGUUCUUUAAAGUUGAUACUUUUUACUGCAAAGGUCAUGAAGACUAAUGUGAAAUAAAAAAAACUUCAUUCAUUUCUGAGAACAAACGAUACUGGUUUCAUGAUUAGAUCGUGUAAAACACAAGAAUUACAAAUGCUACCAAAA